AUGGACGGAGUGUAUUUGGAUGAGAACGGGGAACUGGCAGCCGACCUGGACAUUGUAAACUGGGUGGUGUUUCCCAAUAAGUCCAUCCUCAGGGUCAAGUUUGGGAGUAUCAAGAGACGGGUACAGUUCACCAUUGAUCAGGAUGCCAUUGUGUGGCCCAAAUGGCUCAACCAGACCCUGCCUCCCACCAGGUGCGUGGAAAGUUGCCACCCCGGAUUUCUCAAGCUGGUUCCGGAAGGGAAGCCACUCUGCUGCUAUGAUUGCAUGCCCUGCGCAGGAGGGACCAUCUCCUCUCAGGAAGAUGCAGACCAUUGCACCAGCUGCCCAGAAGAUCAACAUCCAAACAAGGCCAGAGAUCAAUGUGUCCACAAGAUUAUCACCUUCCUGGCUUAUGAAGAACCUUUGGGGAUCCUUCUAGCUUCCUUUUCCCUCUUCUUAUUCUUAACUACAGGCUUUGUGUUAGGAACCUUCAUUAAGUACAAAAAAACUCCCAUAGUCAAAGCCAACAACCGAGACCUCUCCUAUAUCCUCCUCAUCUCCCUCCUGCUUUCCUUUUUGUCCUCCUUCCUCUUCAUUGGCCGGCCAAGGAAAGCCACCUGCCUUCUCCGCCAAACAGCAUUCAGCACCAUCUUCUCGGUUGCUGUCUCUUCUGUGCUGGCAAAAACCAUCACUGUGGUGCUGGCCUUCCUGGCCACAAAGCCAGGGAACACAGUGAAGAAAUGGUUGGGGAAGGGCUUGGCCUACUCCAUUGUCAUUUCCUGUUCCAGUGUCCAAGUUCUCAUCUGUACCAUCUGGCUGGGAAUCUUUCCCCCAUUCCCAGAGUCUGACAUGAGCUCCCAGGCUGGAGAGAUCAUCCUGCAAUGCAAUGAAGGGUCUGUUGCCAUGUUUUACGCUGCCCUUGGCUACAUGGGCUUCCUGUCUGCCAUCUGUUUUACAGUGGCUUUCCUAGCCAGGAAGCUUCCGGGGUCCUUCAAUGAAGCCAAGCUGAUCACCUUCAGCAUACUGGUCUUCUGCAGUGUUUGGGUCUCCUUUGUGCCCACCUACCUGAGCACCAAGGGGAAAUACACAGUAGCUGUGCAGGUCUUCUUUAUCUUGGCUUCCAGUGCUGGGCUUCUGGGCUGCAUCUUCAUGCCAAAAUGCUACAUUAUUGUACUGAGGCCAGAUAUGAAUACAAAGGCAUAUUUAACCAAAAAAACUAAUUUGGAAGCCUGA